AGGUAGCUAGGUGAGAGAACCGCAAAUCACAGUCAUACAAAGUAAACUUUUCCUCAAUAAAUCAGCUAUCAGCAAAGUCACCUGCUUGGCAACCUGGUGGUGGCUUUCACCUGCUGGUAACCCCUAAUGGGUUGGGACACCUCCUGAGGUCACCUAGAUAAGAUUACUGUCAUGUACAAUGGAGUAGAUUGAUUUUAGAAAAGUUAAUAGUUAAUUGUCAUUUUCAGGGUCAUGUUUUAUUGUUUUGUUGAUAAGGUGGAUUGCCUUGGACACAAGCUGUUGGUGAAGCAUUUUGGACAGCAAAGGUGGCACCCUAGGGGUGGUACUUUUAACCUCUGGGCUCUGGCAUGAUAUUAAGAGCAUCAUUACAUGACCCAUUACUUAACUCUCAACUAAAGAUAACUCUACUUCUAUGCUGAGUACCUGAGUAGACAGAUCUUAGUCUUGGGUUAAUGACACUCUUGGGUCCACAGACUAAUUUAUAGGCAUCUUAGGUGGAAUCUCUCUUCAGAUAACAAUUGAUAACACCCCUCCUGUCCAUAAAAGCAAGGCACGUUCAAGGUUUGUCCUUUGAAGAUAUCACUCAGAACAUAUGCUAUCUUCCUGACCACAACGAUGACUAUAAAUUAAAACCAUUGAGCCCAACAGGAUUAGUUAGUGCAGACAAAACAAGACAAGAUGUGGUUGGAGUUGUAUUUGGGAAUGGCAGUUCUUCUCAGUGUAGAGUGCAAACCAUUGAACAAGGAGACACACAACAAGUUGCUAGUGAUCUCCUUUGAUGGUUUCCGAUGGGACUAUGAUCAAGACGUAGACACCCCUCACAUGGACAAGUUAGUGGAAGAUGGAGUGAAGGCAAAGUACAUCACCCCUCCAGCUAUCACCAUGACGUCCCCAUCUCACUUCACCACCAUAACUGGGAGAUGGAUAGAGGAUCAUGGAGUUGUUCACAAUAUGAUGUUUAAUUCCACAACUCAUCAGAAAGUCGGCCAUAAAGCUACCUUGAAGAGGUCUGAGUGGUGGGACAAUGGAGCCUUGCCGUUGUGGAUUACAGCACAGAACCAGGGCCUGAAAACAGGUUCCUUUUUAUUUCCAGGAGGAGCAGCCAACUACAGUGGUCAAUGUGUAAACCGGGCGCUGAUUGAGGAACCAGGUCAACAAGAUGAUAACGAAACAGAGUGGCGUCAGAAUAUUGACACUGUGUUGAGCUGGUUCACCGAAGAAGAUUUUGACUUUGUGACUCUGUACUAUGGAGAGCCUGACAACGUGGGUCAUGCCAAAGGACCAGACCAUCCUGACAGGAAAACCAUAAUAAAGCAGAUUGACCGCACCAUUGGAUACCUGAGGGAGGCCAUCCAGCGAGAUGGUUUGACUGAUAACCUUAACGUCAUCAUCACCUCUGACCAUGGCAUGACCACCGUUAAAAAAAGACCUCUUGUAGAUGAGAUAAUCCUCUCUAAAUACCUGAAUUUAUUCAACACGGUUUAUUUUGAGCUCCUUGACUACGGCGGGUUUGGCAUGAUCACACCAAGGAAAGGAAAGGAACAGCAGGUUUAUGAUGCUCUCAUGAAGGCCCCAAACCUCACAGUCUACAAGAAGGAAGAUAUGCCAGAGAACUUUCAUUUGUCAAAGAAUGACAGAAUACAGCCUAUUAUUGUCAUUGCUGAUCUAGGUUUCAACUUAAACUCGCGGUUGAUCGUCUACGUGAACAAAGGAGAUCAUGGAUUCCACAUGGACGAAAUGGACAUGAAGACCAUCUUCCGUGCUUUUGGACCAGAUUUCAAGAAGAGUUAUCUGUCCGAGCCCUUUGACAGUGUCCACAUCUACCCUCUAAUGUGCAAGCUGCUGCAGAUAGAUCCAGCCCCUAACAACGGCUCCCUAUCCGUCACUGAGGGCAUGCUGGUUCAGAACGGUGGGAGAAGAAAUCAGAUGUCCCUUGGUGUUUUGGCAUCGAUAUUUGUCUACAUUUUAUUUGUCAUGUAGUCAUUUCUGAUGUUGGUUAUUUUCCUAAAUGUUUGUUAACUGAAAAUAAUUGCAUAGUUGAAUCAAUCAUAACCAAAACUCCAACAGAUAUUCUUAAGGAGGAUCACAUUCACUAUGAUUUUCAUCAACAAUAUCCAUCUGAUUGUAUUAUACACUCAGUGUCCAGUUUAUUAGGUACACCCAUCUAGUACCGGGUUGGGCGCCACUUUGCCUCCAGAACAGCCUGAAUUCUUCGGGG